CAGUUUCAGCGGAAAAGCAGAACGAGAUCUCAGAGAAGAAAAUGACGACUCCCGACGAAAGUGUUUCCGUGAGGAAGUGGCUUCCUCUCGAAGCCAAUCCUGAUGUCUUGAACAAGUUUCUUCGGAUCAUGGUCUUCCAGAGCGCGAGGCAUGGUGUUUUGAGGUUUUAGGUCUGGAUGAGAAGUACUUGGCAUCGGUCUGGCGGCCUGUACUUGCUGUUUCUUUAUCCAAUAACUUUUCAGGUUUGUUCUUUUUUCUUUGGAGUUGGUUUGCAUUUCUGCUGAUAUGUUUAAAGGCUUAAUUCUGUUUUUUUGCCGAAGGUUAUGCUUAGUUCACACACAUACACUUCUAGAAGUUAUAAUUGAAGUAAUCUUGAUAGCGACUGUGAUCUUUUUCUAAAUGCCUAGGUAGUCUUGCUAGAUAUCCUUUUGAGCUAAUCAGCAUGCUUUCUUUCUUAAUUCACGCUUGAAUUGCUAGAGACUAGCAAUAAGCUGGUUGGGGGUUG